AUGCCGGGAAUGCAUGUCACCGCAUCCAAUGGAGACUCGUCGUCUUUCAGUCCACGUCCGACGUCUUCGGCCUUGACUUUUAGUGAAUCUGACGCAGAAUUUGAGCGUGGAUUGAACUCGUACGAUGUGCCGGCCGUAGUCGAAGCUCUACGUCGAUACUUGGCGUCCGAGACCCAAACGAGCCUCUCCACGGGCUCCACAGCUAAGCGGCAAUCGGCCCAACUGCGUAGCGUCUUUUACGAACGAUUUAAUCAAAUUUUAGACCGUGUGUUUGGUAUUGACGCCGUCUCCAAGCAAAAGUAUGGCGGCUGGCUGGAUUAUAGCGCCGGACUGGGCGUAGCGCCUGCACUAGGCUCAGCCGCAGCUCAAGCAGCCAAGAAACGAGAUGAACAACGACAUGAGCGAUCUUUAGCAGGUGUUGCAACGGACGAAGACGAUGUGAAUGAUCUUCUCACGUCUUUGACAACUAGUGGUCGAGCCAUUGUCAAAUUAUUGGGUGGUAGCGUGCGCGCCGAGGACGGAUCGGUCUUCCAGUUUCUUUUCAAGGUGCCACAUCCUGUCGAGUUUAAAUUUGCUCUCGAUAUGCUACCAGAACAGAGCAAGAUGGCAAUUGUUAGCGGCCGAGGAGCAAGUUUAUUGUUUACGCAGCUACUGCACAAACCACUGGCCAAGCAGCGGCUGGAUCUGCGCAGUCCGGAGCUGCUCGUGUCGAUUACAGAGCUCUAUUUGUUCUACUUUUUGAGACAUCCAUCGUCGUCGUCACAUCCAAGUGCGGAUGCCACGACUUCGGCUGCAUCUGUGUCGACGUCUAGGACUGGUCCAACCACGUCAGCGGUAUCUUCAUUGUCUGCUGCGGCCAAAAUCCGUCAGUCCAGCUGGCUAUCUACGGGCUUUUUGCCUGACAGCAACCGUGGUGUUAAGAGCCGCUUCCAUGGCAAGUUGUUGAAGGCCUCCAACCUUUUUCUUCACAUCUUGAUCGAGUUUUGGCUGCGACAGAAUCUCAUUUCAUUCUCGGAUGAGCCUGCGGGAGCGUCGACUGUGUCUCCUGGUGUGUUUUGCUCGUUACCUCCAAGUAACCAGCUAGUUAGCCCAUUUGCUUCAGUGUACACGUCGACAAGUUAUAUGGCACCAUCGGAUGACUUGCUUAGCUCACUGCUGCUCACUAUCGUUUAUUUACUAUCCGACUCGUUCUUCCCUGCUCCUUUAGCGGAGGAAUCAACGGGCAGAUCUCAAGGCGGCACUUCAGGCAUGGUUGUAGGCAGUGGAGGCGUUUACUUGAGCCGUAGUGUUACUAUGCUGCGGCCACCGCUGUACGCUUUCUUUCGCCUUGUCUUUUCCCGUGCUCCUAUUGGACUCUCACCCACAGCCUUCCUCGCCAUCACGGAUGUUUGGCUCGCGUAUAUUCAACCGUGGCACUGUCUGUCGUGGAUCAAAUCAAAGGAACCAGUGACAGCAGAUUCAGAAUCGAGAACAGAGCGGGAGACGCUGACAGGAUAUUCACCGUUGUGGGAAAGCUAUGUGCUGGCAAAUUAUCACUUUUACACAACGCUGUUAGGCGCGUUUGUGGAGCGAGCGAAAGAAUUGGACUUUUCUGCAGGCGACGAGCGUAACUUGCAGAUCAUUGAACGCGUGAUGAGUGUAUACAACUCCGACUUAUUGGCGCUUCUGCGCCAGGCAUCACUUCAUCUUGAAAAGUGCCAGCCAUUUGCUAUGCCGUAUAGCUUUAACCGCCGUGCUCGCAGUGGAAGCUUCAGCUCUUCAUCAAAGACCAAACCUAUUGCAGGUGAUACACUCACGGCAACCCAGGCGCAUGUGCUAACGUUCUACUGCAAAUCUCUGGGCAUUGAGUGCACGCCAGUGCCGUUGCACGAUAACUUCCAUCGCGACGCGGAGCGUCUUUUUGACAAAUUGUGGACUGCGGCGGCAGCAUCUGCCUCAACGAUGAUGUCUGUUCACUCUCCUGCCAUAUUCCGCGCAUCAAAUACAAAAACUGUUGAUAAAGUAACAGCGCAGGUACAGCGCUUAAGCCGCAUGUUGCGGCUCAUAUUCGAGAUUUCAGAUGCCUACGUUGCCUCAACUGCGCAUGCACGUUCGUCAUCUGCUGCUACCGGUGGUGGUCUGGAAUCAUUUGCACCUAGCCGGAAUAAGGACUUACCACACUUGCUCUCGCAAGAGGGAGUCUAUCAGCUGCAGCAUGGAAUGCGCUUGUGCUCAACAGAUAUGGCGCAAUACGUUGGCGAUCCCAUGCUCAGCCCUAUUUGUUCAUAUGAAGUGGUGUGGCUCGUGCGGCUAUCUUACAAGGUGUCAACGUGGCUAAACGCACAGUUUGGAUUUGAGAAUCCGUACCAUGGCAAGCGAUUUGAGGAUAACCUGUACGUGGAUCCUGCCAGUCCAUUUGUGUGCUUUCGAUUUAACUUUCGCUUCCUCGCUAGCAAGGUGAACCUCAGCUAUCUUGGUGUAUUCCUGCUCUUGUUGUAUGUGCUCUACUUUUGGUGA